AUGCCGGGGAGCGCCAUCAGCGGAGGCGCGGCAAGGGCGGCCGCGGUCGCGUGGUGGCUGCAGCGCCACCAGCGACUGCCUCCGCCGGCGGACCUCCUGCCACGCAGCCUCCUUGACCGCGCGGUGGAGCUCGCCAGCAAGACCGCCGCCGCCGCCGCCCCGGAGCUGGACCCGGACCUGCCCUGCUCCCUCGGCUCGUCCUCCCUCCCUGACCUCUGCGACGACUUGGUGAUUGGUAAUUAG